UUCAUUUCGCAUCGAAUGGAAUGACAGACAUUAAACGGCACUUCCUAAAUCGACCAGGGCUUUCAUUGAGAUAUAGGGAAAGUUAUUGUUCGGUGAGUUGAACCCCACCUCUGUUGUGAAAUGCCUUGCCGCGUCGCGUCGGGGUGUGUGGUGUGAAACGCAAGCCCAGCCCCGCAGUCCGCCUACUCUGCUCCCCCUCCCUGCCUGCCACCGUCUCUCUCUUGGUCCGCCUGCAGCAGUCGACAUCCCAGCGAGGAUUUUUCACUACAGAGAUGGCUGCGAAAGUGUGUAGAACAGUGCUCCUCUUGACCAGGAGCAGCGGAGCUGUAUCCACCGGGCUCCCCGCACUCGCUCUCUCAUCACAGCGGCACCACCAGCAUAUAAGAUCGGACCAGCCUGUCAGGAGAGCACAUGGCCUGCGGUCAGCCUCCCGCUCUGCACUGUUCACCCAGCCUCCCACCAGCCUCUCAACCGCCCUCUCAACCCAGAUGUGUUACGGCCGUGUGAACAGCGGGGGAAAUGGCAUCUUCUGUGGAUCUGUUGGCAUUAUCUGGUGUUUGACAGGAUGUUGGCACUUUCUGGGAUGGAGGGGCGCCCCCUCAUGGCAGGGCCAGAGACUACUGAGUUCCUCCACCGCUCCAGAAGAGGUGACGGUGGUGUACCAGAAUGGACUGCCGGUGAUCUCAGUCAGUUUGCCAUCCCGUAGGGAGCGAUGCCAGUUCACUCUGAAGCCCCUCAGUGACUGUGUUGGGGUGUUCCUCACACAGCUACAGACAGAGGACAGGGGCAUCGACCGUGUAGCCAUCUACUCUACAGAUGGGGCGAGGGUAGCCUCUUCUACAGGGAUAGACAUCCUGCUGUUGGAUGAUUUCAACCUGGUCAUCAACGACGUUACGCACCUGGUGAGGCCGCCACGAAGAGAUCUCCUAGCCAAUGAUGAGGCAGAGCGUCUGAACGACGUUAAGUUCCUAGUUCAGCAGCUCUACACCACCAUGCAUAUAGAAGAACAUCAGCUUAGUAAAGAGAAGGAACUAGUGGUCAGACUGGAGGACCUCAACUCACAGCUACGUCCUCUAGAGAAGGUGAGGGAGGAGCUGAGUCGUAAGGCGGAGCGUCGUACCACCUGGGUGCUGUGGGGGGGCAUGGCCUACAUGGCAACACAGUUUGGGAUCCUUGCGCGCCUCACCUGGUGGGAGUACUCCUGGGAUAUCAUGGAGCCUGUUACCUACUUCAUUACCUACGCCACCGCCAUGGCUAUGUACUCCUACUACGUACUCACACGCCAGGAGUACAUCUACCCUGACGCCAGGGACAGACAGUACCUGCUGUUCUUCCACAAGGGAGUGAAGAGACAACGUUUUGACAUCUACAAGUACAACGAGCUGAAGGACUCUAUCGCUGAGGUGGAGUUAGAUCUGAAACGUCUGAGGGACCCCCUCCAGCUCCAACUCCCUGUCCAGCAACUCACCGCCACCAGCAAAGAUUGAUGGGAAGAGUGAUGUCCUCCUCUGCUUUCUUCAUCUCUCCCUCCGCUCCUCCAUCCUUCCUUUCCUUACCCUCCUCCCCUCCUCCAUCCCUCCUUUCCUUACCCUCCUCCCCUCCUCCAUCCCUCCUUUCCUUACCCUCCUCCGCUCCUCCAUCCCUCCUUUCCUUACCCUCCUCCCCUCCUCCAUCCCUCCUCCUCACCUCCAUCCCUCCUUUCCUUACCCUCCUUCGCUCCUCCAUCCCUCCUUUCCUUACCCUCCUCCCCUCCUCCAUCCCUCCUCCUCACCUCCAUCCCUCCUUUCCUUACCCUCCUCCGCUCCUCCAUCCCUACUUUCCUUACCCUUUUCCUCUCCUCAUCCCUCCUUUCCUUACCCUCCUCUCUCUCCAUCCGUACACCUUUACUCCUCUUUGUUUAACAAACCCUUCCCUUUAGCGACCGACCGUGGGAGUUUUUCUUUUUACAUUUUCUCCUUUUUUAAUUUCUCUGACUUGAAAACUCAAAUUAUAAAGUAAACCCAUCUGUAGAGGAGGUUUAGAAAGAACAGAAACUGAAUCAAAUUGUGUCUGGGGGAGGAGAUUAUGAUGAAACUGGGUGCUAUGGAUAUGCAACAGGACUUCAGGACAGCCUGCAGGAAGCUCUAGGGGACGUACAGGAAGUGGCACGCUGCAGUGUGAGGAGUUACAGCGGAGGCGGAGGGGACGGGGGCAGACAAAUGGACACGUCUAUAAGUGUGUGUGGUGAUAUCCCGGGACUCCAACCCCAAGCCACUUAACAGUUGCUAUAUCUAUUUGUUAGCUAGGUCCACAGUGCAGCAUUCAAACACACACACCACUCCUGUGGGGCCUCGGGAUUUCUGUGUCCUAUGAAUUUACGUUUACAAAGAUUCAUCCUCUAGCUGGGAACCUCUUGUUCCACCCCCUGACCUUUAACCUCAGCCCUCUGACCUCUGCAUGCACGGAGGACAUGGCUGUGAUUGGACAAGGGUUCCUGUGACCUCCAGGUGACCGUGAACUUUGACCUUGGCCGACCCCUCUUGUCUCAUCUGAUUGGCUGUGGCCAACCCUGCCCCGUCUGUUUCCAGUUCCCGCCCUCUCUGCCUGACGGACAGCUACCCACAGAGCAUAUUGCUAUGACGACAAGGACCUUUUAUCAGGAGCCUUUCAGCUUGUCACAGCCUUUACAGGAAGUGGAUAGACGGAGUUGAGGUCAGGUGACCACACCUCACUUCCUAUUCCUGUUGUUGACUUCCUAUCGACUUCCUGUUUCCUGUAACAUGCUGCGCCUGGAUUGGAGGAUAGUACUUCCGAUAACAACAUCACUGUGUGUUCUAAUAUUCCCAGAUGUUUUAUUUUAGAAGCCAUGCUAUAUUUGUUAUGAGAAACAAUAUACUAAUAAUAUACAAUCAAUCCCAAUGAAGAUAGAGGUUUAGAUCAUUCAGUGGGGGGAGGAGCUCUCUCUUUAACAUCCUAUAUCAGUAAUAUAGUUAAUAUAGCAUAUCUGUAUCUCUUUAGUAAUGUCUCAACAAUACAGGACUCCCGUAUCAAUAGGUCUUCCCACUCCUUCUCUCACACACUGUUAUCAUUGUACUACCACCAAUAUAACCCACCAAGGCUUCAUCGACAUACAUCCACCAUCCACAAACACAAGCAGCAACAGAAUAGACGAGUUCUUAGAAGGAUUUCUGGCAGAGAGAUUCUGCAUGUCGCUCACAUAUCUUACAAUUCCUUCCAACUACACUAUAACUCAUAUCAGCCAAGAGAACAUUGUAGAACCCUCACAAACAGCUGUGGCCCGACCGUGUACCAUUUCUGAAUAUGCUCACCUUUUUCCAGUAACCUAAUUGUGUGGAUAUAAAGAAAGAGACAUAUUAAUAUUGUAAUAUAUGAUAUGUUGUAUACCUGUGUGUGUGUGUGACAGUCAGACACAGACAGGCAUGCUGUAGAUUGCAGGUUGUUCAAUGAUGGAUCUUCUCCGUCUGUAUGUGAGGUUUUGUAGGACAUCAUUUAAGCCAAGGAACAUAUAGAGGAACAUAAAACAGAGAUCCAUCUUUCUUUCUUUCUCUCACACACACACACACACACACACACACACACUCACACUCACACACACACACACACACACACACACACACACACACACACACACACACACACACAAUCACAAACAUAAUACUGAUGCAUUGUUGCUGCAAAAGAAAAGCAAUUUUCCAAAAUAAACCAUUUCUCCUGAAAAAUAGAAAAUAGACUGAACUUUUACAGGGAAUGUCUCAUAUCCGAUGCGCAUGCUUUUUUCAUUGUGACGAGAACAAAUAAGUAUAAUUGAUUUGUUCUAAAAAAAAAAAAAACGGACAUAACUUGUUCUGAAUUGGUCUUGGCUUCAGGCAGCAUGCAACGCAAACGCAUAUUUCAAUGUCAUGAUAUCAAUGGUUCACAUGUGAACAGAACAUGUCCAAAUUAGGAACAAUUUGACUUCUGGAUUAAUGUCAGUUAAUAGCCUAUGAGGGUUUUGUAAAAGGUCUCCUGUCACCCUCUAUAUGACCUAUGACUGACUUAACCAUUCGAUAGCCUCAAUCAAUCAAUAACCUGUCAUUAAAAACCGAAGCUGCAAAUACUGCUGAAGAAGCAUAAACUGUUUGUGCAACAGUGUGCUUGCGGUUCAUUCACACAAACAAGGGCUGUUCCGUCCAAAGUUCUCUCCUCCCACUGUUCCUAGUAGCUGUUCCAAGUAACUGCCCCCCCUCCCCCUGAUAGACAGCCAGGCAGACAGGGUAGAGUACACGGAUGCUACAGCAUGAUAGAAUCAGUAGAAUACAGGUGAGUGUGUAGUAGGAGCAUUAUUGACAUGCUGUUGUUGUUACUCUCGAUACAAACGAUCAAACCCUGGUUAACUUUCUGCUGGUUGAUAAAACAAAGCCAUAUCUAUGUUGUUACGUCAGUGGUGGGGAUUGGCUUGGGGGUAGACCUCUUCUGUUAAUUGGAGGGGGUAGACCUCUUCUGUUAAUUGGAGGGGGUAGACCUCUUCUGUUAAUUGGAGGGGGUAGACCUCUUCUGUUAAUUGGAGGGGGUAGACCUCUUCUGUUAAUUGGAGGGGGUACGCCUCUUCUGUUAAUUGGAGGGGGUAGACCUCUUCUGUUAAUUGGAGGGGGUACGCCUCUUCUGUUAAUUGGAGGGGGUACGCCUCUUCUGUUAAUUGGAGGGGGUACGCCUUUUCUGUUAAUUGGAGGGGGUAGACCUCUUCUGUUAAUUGGAGGGGGUUGUGUGUGUGUGUGUGCGUGGGAUCUCCACGGAAAGUGGUGCCUUUGUGGGACAGACUGUAUAGAGCAGUAAGGGAAACAUACCUAGACAGAUAUUUCUAUUCUCAGAGGAUUGGAAUCAUCAUAUUGGAAGAGACCUUCAUAGUCAAAUGUCUAUGACCGAUCCAUCUUUACCAUCAGUAUAGGUCAUGCUGAGUAAGCUAUGUUCAGCAAACUGGUACUCUACAAUUUAAUGAACAGUGAUAGACUCUGAGAAUGGGG